ACAGCCGCCCGGGCCGGGCUCCCUCACCGCCACCAGGGCCGGAGGGACGAGUGAGAGGGGCGGCCGGGACGCGACCCCCGGGCCGGGAGAAGCGGAGGCCCGACGGGCGCGGCCCUCGAGCCGCUGGGAGCCGCGGGUCGGACGAGCCGCCGCCUCCUUCUCUGCGUCCAUGUAUGAGGGGAAGAAGACGAAGAACAUGUUCCUGACCCGGGCUCUGGAGAAGAUAUUGGCCGACAAGGAAGUGAAGAAGGCGCAUCACUCCCAGCUGCGCAAAGCUUGCGAGGUGGCGUUAGAGGAAAUAAAAGCGGAAACUGAAAAACAGAGUCCUCCUCAUGGAGAAGCAAAAGCUGGAUCAAGCACCCUUCCACCAGUGAAAUCAAAGACAAAUUUUAUUGAAGCAGACAAGUACUUCUUGCCUUUUGAGUUGGCAUGCCAGUCCAAAUGUCCUCGCAUAGUUAGUACAUCUCUAGAUUGCUUACAGAAACUUAUUGCUUAUGGGCACUUGACUGGCAAUGCUCCAGAUAGUACAACACCAGGCAAAAAAUUAAUUGAUAGAAUUAUUGAAACAAUAUGUGGCUGCUUUCAGGGCCCUCAGACAGAUGAAGGAGUUCAGCUGCAGAUAAUAAAGGCUUUACUUACUGCAGUAACAUCACAACACAUAGAAAUUCAUGAAGGGACUGUACUGCAAGCUGUGAGAACAUGUUACAAUAUCUACUUAGCAAGCAAAAAUCUCAUCAAUCAGACAACAGCCAAAGCUACUCUCACUCAGAUGCUAAAUGUUAUCUUUGCACGCAUGGAAAACCAAGCAUUACAGGAAGCAAAACAAAUGGAAAAAGAAAGGCAUCGGCAGCAUCAUCAUCUGUUACAGUCUCCAGUAAGCCAUCACGAGCCUGAAUCACCUCAACUUAGAUAUUUGCCACCUCAGACUGUUGAUCAUAUAUCCCAAGAACACGAAGGGGACCUUGACCUCCAUACAAAUGAUGUAGAUAAAAGUCUUCAGGAUGACACAGAGCCUGAAAAUGGAUCUGAUAUUUCCAGUGCAGAAAAUGAACAGACUGAAGCUGAUCAGGCAACUGCAGCUGAAACAUUAUCUAAAAAUGAAAUGUUAUAUGACGGAGAAAACCAUGAUUGUGAGGAAAAGCCACAAGACAUUGUACAGAACAUUGUAGAAGAAAUGGUGAACAUUGUUGUUGGAGAUAUGGGAGAAGGGACUACUAUAAAUGCAAGUGCAGAUGGCAACAUUGGAACUAUAGAGGAUGGUAGUGACAGUGAAAAUAUUCAAGCAAAUGGAAUUCCAGGAACACCAAUUUCUGUUGCAUAUACACCAUCCUUACCUGAUGAUAGAUUGUCAGUCUCUUCCAAUGAUACUCAGGAAUCUGGAAAUUCUUCAGGACCUUCACCUGGUGCUAAGUUUUCCCACAUUUUACAAAAGGAUGCCUUUCUAGUAUUCAGGUCAUUGUGUAAACUGUCAAUGAAACCACUGUCAGAUGGACCACCAGAUCCAAAGUCUCAUGAACUACGAUCCAAGAUUCUUUCAUUGCAGUUACUUCUAUCCAUUCUGCAGAAUGCAGGACCUAUUUUCAGGACAAAUGAGAUGUUUAUUAAUGCUAUUAAGCAGUAUCUUUGUGUUGCACUCUCAAAAAAUGGAGUCUCAUCUGUUCCAGAGGUUUUUGAGCUUUCUCUUUCUAUAUUUCUUACUUUGUUGUCAAAUUUCAAGACACAUCUGAAGAUGCAAAUUGAGGUGUUCUUUAAAGAAAUUUUCUUAUACAUUUUGGAAACUUCUACCAGCUCAUUUGAUCACAAAUGGAUGGUUAUUCAGACACUGACGAGGAUUUGUGCAGAUGCUCAGAGUGUAGUGGAUAUUUAUGUAAACUAUGACUGUGACUUAAAUGCAGCCAAUAUAUUUGAAAGACUAGUAAAUGAUCUAUCAAAAAUUGCUCAAGGAAGGGGCAGUCAAGAACUUGGUAUGAGUAAUGUUCAGGAAUUGAGCCUGAGGAAAAAAGGUUUAGAAUGCUUAGUGUCGAUUUUGAAGUGUAUGGUUGAAUGGAGUAAGGAUCAGUAUGUGAAUCCCAACUCUCAGACAACUCUUGGUCAGGAAAAACCCUCAGAGCAAGAGAUGAGUGAAAUCAAACACCCUGAGACAAUAAACAGAUACGGAAGUUUAAAUUCUCUGGAGUCAACAUCAUCAUCAGGAAUAGGCAGCUACAGUACACAGAUGUCUGGCACUGAUAAUCCAGAACAAUUUGAGGUCCUAAAGCAACAAAAAGAAAUAAUAGAACAAGGGAUAGAUUUAUUUAAUAAGAAACCAAAGAGAGGAAUACAGUACCUCCAAGAACAAGGGAUGCUUGGCACCACACCUGAAGAUAUUGCCCAAUUCUUACAUCAAGAGGAAAGAUUAGACUCUACUCAAGUGGGUGAGUUCCUGGGAGAUAAUGAUAAAUUUAACAAAGAAGUCAUGUAUGCAUAUGUGGACCAACAUGACUUUUCAGGAAAAGACUUCGUUUCAGCCCUUCGUAUGUUUCUAGAAGGAUUUCGUCUUCCAGGGGAAGCUCAGAAAAUCGAUCGAUUAAUGGAAAAAUUUGCUGCAAGAUACCUAGAAUGCAACCAAGGACAAACUCUCUUUGCUAGUGCGGAUACAGCUUAUGUUUUGGCUUAUUCAAUUAUCAUGUUGACCACAGACCUUCACAGUCCACAGGUGAAAAAUAAAAUGACAAAGGAACAAUACAUUAAGAUGAAUAGAGGUAUCAAUGACAGUAAAGACCUUCCUGAAGAGUAUCUAUCAGCCAUCUAUAAUGAAAUAGCUGGGAAAAAGAUAUCAAUGAAAGAAACAAAAGAACUAACAAUCCCUACAAAAUCAAGUAAACAGAAUGUAGCCAGUGAAAAACAAAGAAGACUUCUGUAUAACUUAGAAAUGGAGCAGAUGGCCAAGACAGCUAAAGCACUCAUGGAGGCCGUGAGCCAUGUUCAGGCACCCUUUACAAGUGCAACACAUUUGGAGCAUGUGAGGCCCAUGUUUAAGUUGGCUUGGACGCCUUUUCUGGCUGCAUUCAGUGUGGGUCUACAAGAUUGUGAUGAUACUGAAGUAGCCUCUCUUUGCCUGGAAGGUAUAAGAUGUGCAAUCAGAAUUGCAUGCAUUUUCAGCAUUCAGCUGGAGAGAGAUGCAUAUGUCCAGGCACUAGCAAGAUUUACCUUACUCACAGUGAGUUCCGGUAUUACUGAAAUGAAACAGAAGAACAUUGACACAAUAAAAACACUUAUCACAGUGGCUCAUACAGAUGGAAAUUAUUUAGGAAAUUCAUGGCAUGAGAUUCUGAAGUGCAUCAGUCAGUUGGAGCUGGCACAGCUUAUAGGAACUGGAGUGAAACCUCGAUACAUUUCUGGAACAGUGCGAGGGAGAGAAGGAUCUCUUACUGGAACAAAAGAUCAGGCUCCUGAUGAAUUUGUGGGUUUAGGGCUAGUUGGAGGAAAUGUGGACUGGAAACAGAUAGCAAGUAUUCAGGAAUCCAUUGGAGAAACCAGUUCUCAGAGUGUUGUUGUUGCUGUAGAUAGAAUAUUCACAGGAUCUACAAGGCUAGAUGGAAAUGCUAUUGUGGAUUUUGUCCGUUGGCUCUGUGCUGUGUCUAUGGAUGAAUUACUUUCCACGACACACCCAAGAAUGUUUAGUCUACAAAAAAUAGUAGAAAUAUCAUAUUACAACAUGGGAAGAAUAAGAUUGCAGUGGUCUCGAAUUUGGGAAGUUAUUGGAGAUCAUUUUAAUAAGGUUGGGUGUAAUCCUAAUGAAGAUGUAGCUAUUUUUGCAGUAGACUCCUUGAGGCAGUUGUCAAUGAAGUUCUUAGAGAAAGGGGAGCUUGCUAAUUUCAGAUUCCAGAAGGAUUUCUUAAGACCUUUUGAACAUAUAAUGAAACGGAACAGGUCUCCAACAAUUCGAGAUAUGGUUGUACGGUGUAUAGCACAGAUGGUUAAUUCUCAAGCUGCUAACAUUCGAUCUGGAUGGAAGAACAUUUUCUCUGUAUUUCAUCUAGCUGCAUCUGAUCAAGAUGAAAGCAUAGUGGAACUUGCAUUCCAAACAACCGGGCACAUUGUCACCCUUGUAUUUGAAAAACACUUUCCAGCAACCAUUGAUUCUUUCCAGGAUGCAGUGAAGUGUUUGUCUGAAUUUGCGUGCAAUGCAGCUUUCCCAGACACAAGUAUGGAAGCAAUUCGACUUAUUCGCCAUUGUGCAAAAUAUGUGUCUGAUAGACCUCAGGCUUUCAAGGAAUACACAAGCGAUGAUAUGAACGUAGCACCUGAAGACAGGGUGUGGGUGAGAGGAUGGUUCCCAAUUCUCUUUGAGUUAUCCUGUAUCAUCAAUAGAUGCAAAUUAGAUGUAAGAACCAGGGGUUUAACAGUAAUGUUUGAAAUAAUGAAAACAUAUGGCCACACUUAUGAGAAACACUGGUGGCAGGAUUUAUUUAGAAUUGUUUUCAGAAUCUUUGACAAUAUGAAAUUGCCAGAACAACAGACAGAGAAAGCUGAAUGGAUGACAACAACUUGCAAUCAUGCACUUUAUGCAAUCUGUGAUGUAUUCACUCAGUAUUUAGAAGUACUCAGUGAUGUACUUUUGGAUGACAUUUUUGCUCAGCUCUACUGGUGUGUGCAGCAAGACAAUGAGCAGUUAGCGCGAUCUGGUACAAACUGUUUAGAGAAUGUUGUUAUUCUGAAUGGUGAAAAAUUUACCCUAGAAAUCUGGGAUAAAACUUGCAACUGCACACUGGAUAUCUUCAAAACCACAAUCCCACAUGCGCUGUUGACCUGGCGACCCAAUUCUGGAGAAACUGCCCCCCCACCUCCAUCUCCUGUAAGUGAAAAGCCAUUGUUUCGCAUUUUUAUCUGUUGCUGUUGGAUGGUUGCAGACCUGAGCCCAAUGAGGGUCAGAAAGUCAACUUUUCUCUAUGUACAGGAUACAAUAUCACAGAAGUCUGUAGAUAUUCAUGAUUCUAUUCAACCAAGGUCUGUGGAUAACAGACCACAAGCACCACUGGUUUCUGCAUCUGCUGUUAAUGAAGAAGUCAGCAAAAUUAAAUCUACAGCAAAAUUUCCAGAACAAAAAUUGUUUGCUGCCCUGUUGAUUAAAUGUGUUGUGCAGCUGGAACUCAUCCAGACUAUCGACAACAUUGUCUUCUUCCCAGCCACAAGUAAGAAAGAAGAUGCAGAAAACUUAGCUGCAGCACAGAGAGAUGCGGUGGACUUUGAUGUUCGCGUUGAUACUCAAGACCAAGGAAUGUACCGCUUUUUAACAUCACAACAACUUUUUAAGCUACUGGACUGCUUAUUAGAGUCACAUAGAUUUGCAAAAGCGUUUAAUUCCAACAACGAACAGAGGACUGCCCUGUGGAAAGCAGGAUUCAAAGGCAAAUCCAAGCCCAACCUUCUGAAGCAGGAGACCAGCAGCCUGGCCUGUGGGCUGCGCAUUCUCUUCCGGAUGUACAUGGAUGAGAGCCGCAUUAGUGCCUGGGAGGAGGUCCAGCAGAGGCUUUUGAAUGUCUGCAGUGAAGCACUAAGUUACUUCCUCACUCUAACAUCAGAAAGUCAUCGAGAAGCCUGGACUAACUUACUGCUUUUGUUUCUAACUAAAGUUCUAAAGAUAAGUGAUAAUAGGUUUAAAGCUCAUGCAUCAUUCUACUACCCUCUCUUAUGUGAAAUUAUGCAAUUUGACUUGAUUCCUGAACUUCGUGCUGUUCUUAGAAGAUUUUUUCUGCGAAUCGGAGUAGUUUUUCAGAUAUCACAACCACCUGAACAGGAACUUGGAAUAAACAAGCAAUGAUGGGAACUUAAUAUUUUUGUUGGCAUUUACAUCCCUCUGCUCUUUAAAAGGACGCUGGAGCUGAGGUUUCCUACCUGAAAAAUGAUUUCUCUGGAUUGCAGUGUCUGAGAGUUACUGGUAAAGAUGCUUAGAAGUCUUACUCAAACUUGCAACACUCCAGUCCCUUUUAGUGCUGGCGGAUUUUGUGUGUUAUAUUGGCCUCAUGUUGAGCAGAAAGCCUGUUUAAACAGUGUCAGCUCAUGCUCACGGGUCCUUCCCUGUCUUCCACGGCAGGAAAAGCCCCACGUUUUUGGCAGGUGUGGAAGUGAAACUUACCCAAAGAACUAUAGAUGUAAAGAUUGAACUUCUACAAGAAGUACAACUCAGGAGAGCUGUAUUUUGAAGGAUAAAAUGUUUAUAAUUGGGGAGUGGGGAGAGAAGAAGAAAUUAUUGUUCAUGGUAAAAGAUAUUUAGCAACUAUGGUAUUCUUAUUCUGAAGAUUUUUGCACACUCAGGCUAUCUGAGAUACUGGUAAUCAUCCUGUGAAAAAUGUACAGAGAUGCAGGUCUGUAAUAUAAAAAUCUUAAAACAUUAUAUAGUUCUUCCUGCACUGUUUUCUUUAUUUUCUUAUUCAUUUGCUAAAUACCCGUAAUAUUUUGUCAAAUGCACUAAACAUUUGGGUGGAACUUUCUUUUUUAUUUUAUAGGGAUUUUUAGUUUUGCCCUUUUUGGUAGGUGGUGAUUUUGAGGCUGUAACAUGCCCAGAAGCUGUUGUGGCCGACACUUCAACAAUAGGGGAAAAAAGGUAGAAAAUAUCCCUACUGACAGUAACUACCUGUCACAUAUUUCUCUUAGGACUUUUAAAGAUGAGCCAUUAAAAUAGAAUGAUCCUUUAUGGACCAAAACUUGAAUCACUGCAAAAUGAAUCCAGAUUGCUGUCAUUUUCUUUUCUUUUGGGUGAUGGGGCUUGAUGUAGAUUUUACUCUAUGUACAGAAUUUAAUGUUGAAUAUAUUAAAAUAACAAAUCUGGCAUGGUUUGCGGAGGUUAGAUUUACUGGAAAUGUAUUCAUACUGUGAAUUGUGCUCUGAUGGUUAAAAGACAAGAUUGUCAAGCAUUCCGUAUUAACAGUGGAUGUAGAAAAUUUUUUCAGAUGGAUAAAAUGUAUAUGGUACAGAUGUAAAGUUUUCUAUGUAAAAAAUUCUGUACAACUUUCUGUACAAUAUUGAUUCCCAUCUGGCAUAUUCUAAUCAGGUUAUAGGUCAAUAAAGUUUUUGAAUUAUUUCA